AUGAAGUGCGCACCUAUACUGUUGGCAGUCCUAGCCUUGGUCGGCCGAGUUCAUGCUCAGACUCAUUCGGCUGCAGUCUCGUUCGCGUUGGAUGAAAAUAUUGCUUGCACGGGUACAGAGCAUGAGGACUAUUUGAACGAGGUAGCAUCAUUAGCCACGGAUGUUGUCUUUACGCAAGGAAACAGUGGCAACUGGCGAGGACGUGGUAACGGAAACGGAAACAAGCGCGCCCUUGCGGAAGAAGAGUUCAUGGAAAUGGAGGAAGACUUUCUGGAUGUCAUGGAAGGAGCUCCUCAAGGUCAUCGACGACUGUGCGAUGCGGGGUGCAGGAAUGGGUGUGCAGUGGGGGUUUCAGUUUGGUGCAUCUGCUGUACUUGCUGUAAUCGCCGCCGUCGUCAUCUGUUGACAAAUCUUCGCCUUCGAAGGUUGGAUGACGUGAGCUUGGGCGUGAAGGCCCAUCUUGCUGCAGAGAAAGCUGUGAAGUUACUCGAAGCAGAAACUUUGAGGGUUGAACCGAAGGUGCCCGAUUGUUUGCUUCAGCCAUUCUAUGUGGAAGUGUACUUUGAGGAUGAUUCCGACUCAAGCAACAAUGGAAGAGGAAUUCACGGCGAACACAGAAACGGCGGUACUUCCCAAGGCAACGGGAAUCGUGGUCAAGGGAAUGGAGUCAGUGGGCGUGCAUAA